AUGGCCAACUCUAGCAUCUACCAGGCCUUCCUGCGCGACAAAGACAAAACAUUCACUAAAGCCUCUUUUCCUCGGGGAACUCCUUUAAUUCUGUUCUCUUUCCUUUCACAUUUCAGAUACUUUGCGGUCGUCCGAGUGCCGAAAGGAAAGAUCAACGGAAAGCAGGCCACAAUCAUCAUCUCACUCAUCUGGAUCCUGUCUGUGGGUGUGUCUGUGCCACAGGCUGUGGUCCUCCGUACUGAGUAUGAUCCCAACUUAGACAUCGUCACCUGCUUCGAAAGAUGGCCGAAGCCUACCUCCCGCGCCCACUACACGCUGGCCCUGUUCAUCCUGAUGUUCGUCCUGCCACUCCUCGCCAUCGGCUACAUGUACAUCCGCAUCGCCACCAACAUCUGGUACCGCCCCGCCACCAUCGCCGUCAGCACCCGCUCCAACACCGAACAGGCAGAUGCCAAGAAGAUCUGGGUCAUCAAGAUGCUUGUGGUGGUGGUCAUCCUGUUCAUCGUCUGCUGGCUGCCCCUGCAGAUCAUCUCGCUGGUCACCGACUUCGGCCACCUCACCAUGGAGACAAUUACCGUCAUCUACUUGAAAGUGUACCCCGCCUGUCACUGGCUCUUCUUCUUCAACAGCGCCAUGAACCCGGUGGUCUACGGCUACUACAACAAGAACCUCCGCCGCAUCUGCAAUGAGAAGCUGCGCAAACAUAAGGCCAAACAGACGCGGAAGACGGGCCAAGGCGUGGCCUACAACCUCCGGGACAUCUCACAAGCCUCGCAUCUCCUGAAAAAAGACACAUCUGUCAACACUGUUCAAACAAUUGUCAACAGUAACUAAAAUCGAUUUGCGAUAUGCUGCCAAAGUCUUUUCAAAAGACUAAUUUAAAAAAAUCACCAAAACAAAAUUGCCAGAGCCUGCCAGGCAGUAUAACAGAGCCUGCCAGUCAGUGCCAAGUUUAUACUACAAAUCACAACGUUGCUGCAGAUAGAAAAAGUAAUUUGUCUUAAGACAUCUCUGAAAAAAGACCAAGCAGCAGUUACAACAAACACAACCUGAUAUUUCAAGGAAAUUCAAUCUCUUUAAGACAUACAAGUCCCAUUGUCGUCAAGUACGUAACGUGGGUGUUUCUCUGAAUUAGAAUAAAAACUACCGGUGUAAUUCGUUUUCUUCAGAAUUCUAAAAAUGAAAAACUCUUACCAUGCGACUUUUCUAUCAACCUUUAUCGGGUUCGCUGCCCUACCCACUCACUUUUGUUGAUAUGUGAUUAUAAUCAUUUAGCGAGACAACGAUGGCCAAUCAGAAGGCCCCAUUUCAUAUUGGUUAUGACGCCGUAACAUCAUAGAGGUGUCACAAAAGGUGGAUACUUAAUCUCAAUCGGGUUUCGAAUGACAUUGACCAAUCAGAAUGAGGGGUUGAAUGACUGACCAAUCAGAAUGAGGUGUCGAAUUACAUUGACCAAUCAGAAUGAGGUGUCGAAUGACAUCGGGAAAGAUACAUAUAUAUGUAGAUGCCCCAGCGGAGAAGAUUGAGUAAAGUGGACUACAGUACAUUUGAAAGAGAUUUAACAUGUAAACACUGCAAUUUCACGAAAUAUUGUACCUUGAAGUAAAUACUUGUAUGAUAACAACGUUAAUGACCUACACCGAGGUGUAUAUGGUGUCAUAACGCCUGGUCCUUUCCUAUAACUACCGAAUAGAACCAACGAUUUAGCGAAGCGAGCGAGGUGGUUUUAUGACUUGAUGUAGUGUAGCGAUAGACCAGGUGUUAUGACGCCAUACACACCGAGGAAUGGAUGGGUACCUAAUAUCAUGAGGAAAUUUAAAUCCAUCCACGAAACCAAGCAUAAUUCGUGGUAUCACACAAGAAAUACAUGAUAGGGCUGGAUAUUAGUUUUAGGCAUGUUCUUACAUUAUUUCGAUAUUAGGUUUUUUUGUUGAUUGAUCAUUGGUGUUGCAUAUUAAGAUACUGUCUGUGAUACACGCACAUAGCAGUACGCCGACACAAUGGAGACACAACAUAGCCUGCCUAGCUUACUCACAUAGCUGAAUGAUCUAUCUCCAAACGUGACUUAUAAUCAUGACAACGUGCAUUGUCUCUUGACCUAUACGAUAAUGUCUACAGUGAUCUCAUAGUCUCAUCGCCCACAUGGAAAUAUAGUUUUGCUAGGCACGUGUGCGAGCGAGCGGUCGUUUUUGGCGCUAUAUAUCAAGAACGUUUCAAGCGAUUGCCUUGAUAUUUGGUACAUGGGUAGGUAUCAUUGACCCAACAGCCAAGUGCCAAUUUGGGCCUCCUGGUGGCCAACCUUGGUACUGCAGCGGGACUUCCUAUUGAAGUACCUUUGGCCAUGGACAUGUUGUGAUCUUGAUUAUGGGAUGACGGCUUUUAAAGUUAGGAAGAAGAGGUGCCCCUAACAACUUGCUCUGUAACUGCAGCGGUGGUUUUGUUGAAAUCUUUCAAGGAGGACGACGGGAUAAAAGAAAGACGGAAUUUUCAAAUGUCACAUUAACGUUAUAUAUGGCAGCUGCCAUAUUGGCUUGCUGGGUAUGCUGGGAAAUUUGGCACCUGCCACAAGAGGUUGGGGGCGUUGAUAUUUCUUAUUCUUUGUGAUACAUGGCAGGAAUGUGAAACUUGUGAUGAUGAAAUCUCAUAUUUAAUUUAAGUAUGAGGUCUCCUUAUUCUUGAUAUAAAUUGUUUGCAUCAGUACAGUGCUGUUGUGAAAUACUGUACCUGGCGUGGUUAUGGUAGAACGAUAUCGUCGUAUUUGUUAAGUGUUUGUAAGUGUUUGAUUUCCGGAAAUACUUAAAGAGGUGUGUAUUGUAACAUGAAAGUAGAGAAAGCCAGAAUAGGUAUGUAUUGUGGAGUGUAUUGUCACGUUUUUGAAAUGUUUUACAUAGUUGAUGUGGUGGAAUUGUCGAGUGGAGACAUAACGUUAAUAGCGUAGAAUAAAUAUGAAAUUCAACAAAAGUUGUAUUUGAAGUUGCCGAAAUGCACUUGAAACACUUCCCACGUGACAGUAGUCGUUAUCCUUCCGCAAAAGUUCUGUUUCUAUCUGUGCCAGUUUGUGUUCGCACCUACAACUCGAUAGACUUUUCAAUGGAUUGCUUGAAUUCUGACAUGCUCUUAGUUAUUGAGGUACUGCAAAAACAUGGGCAUUUCGCGCAUCGCAACAUAAUCAUUUGAACGGCUUUGCUGGUCUUGAAAAUUAUCAAACGGUUACAAAAAGAAGCUACAGUAUUCAAAUUCAGUAUGCCAUAACAAAAAGGAACCACCAUGGCUGUACGACACACCGGGAACAAGACAAUGCAUACGAAAGUUUUAAAAAAAGCAAAGUCAUUGGCUUUAUAACAGGCUCGUUUUUUCAUCAUAUGAAAUGACAUUUGUGCAAAGUGCAAAGGUAAGAGGACAUAUCUUCUUGAGACUGACACUGAAAUAUCUCCAAGGUUAUCAUGAUGAU